UGCUCAACAUUGAAGCCAUUUGUGUAACAUAAGAUGGAGCCAGACAAGGACCUAAACCCCGACAUGGAUGACCUUCCACUCCGAGCCAAUACUAACCACAUACUUGUCAGACAUUAUGUGCUGGACCUGACUGUUCAUUUUGACAGGGAGGUCAUCAGUGGUAGUGUUGUUCUGUUCCUGGAGCCUUGUGCUGGAUUAGGGACUAAGGCUGACAAUGACAUUGGAUCCGGAGCUGGGACUACAAAGGCCGGAGGGUGUCGGGAUGUGGAUACAGUGGAGGAUGGUACAAAAGGACUUGGGGAGACUACGACAAGGAUGGAGAAGAUGUCCGGUGCUAUUGAAAGGGAUGCGGCUGAAUUUCAGGCUUUGUCUGCCGUGGGGUCGCAGACUGCCGCUAAAUCCCAAAAUAUUCAAUCUUCACAUUCGUGGGAAACCACAAGUGACCGUGAUUUCACCUUAGUGCUGGACUGCUGUGACCUGGAUGUGUCAAAGGUGGAAGAGGUGGACGUUACUUCUGUGUCAUCCAUGGUUGCAUCUGAGAGCAUCUCAGAUGUCAGUUCAGUGAACCCAAACGCUGCCUUUAUUCAGAACCUGAUCUCGGUGCCCUCUAGUCGAUGGAGGCAGAAGCACCAGCUGUUUUUGCUGUGUAGCCGUGCCCAUGGGGCUCAGGGUGGCGGCUCACUGCAUUUUCAGAGAGACCGAUGGAGUCUGCAGGUGAGGAAGAAGGGGGUCACGACCCCUCAGGAGUUCCCUCGUGCUCUCAGGAUCUGCUAUGAGACGAGGCCGACAGGAGGCUCUGUGAGGUGGACCAAAGACCAGGACAACAGGGUGUGUGUUUACACUGCCGGUUCUCCCAUCAACAACCGAGCUCUCUUCCCCUGCCAGGAGCCGCCUGUUGCCAUGUCAACAUGGCAUGCAACAGUACGGGCCCCCAGUGAGUGUGUGGUUUUGAUGAGUGGGGAGGAGCAGGCUGAACCUAUUGAGGACGGGGACACACCCUCCUUAAUCUGGACUUACUACGUCACUAUGCCCAUGCCUGCCUCCACCUUCACCUUGGCAGUGGGCCACUGGCACCAAGUCCCAGCAGAAAUCCCCCCAGCAUUGGAAAGAGGGGUGAGGGACGGGGCGCAUUGUAGCAAGAUCACCAAACUUGAGGCUGGGCCUGGGGAAUGGACCGAGGCUGACCUUAGGUCUGGACUUGUACGCUCCAUUAGUGAAGUAGUAAAGGGCUCUCCACUCAAGACUGGCAGCAGAGACCAGACCACCGGCUUAGACUCUGCAUUCUGUUACUCUUCCCUUGAGGAUGAGGGGCUCUCUGUAACUGAUUGUUCAGGCGUGGUGGAUGACGGCAUCUGUUGUUCCCAUGGCGACUACCCUUGCCGAUUUACUGAGCAGUCGGCUAGGUCCCAGCGGGUGAUUCCACACCGUGUGUUUGGCCCCGUCUCCUUGCUGCAGAAGACCCAGGGAGUCCUCAAGCUGUUGCCUCGAUGUUUGGCUGCAGCCCACACCCUUCUGGGUGUUCACCCCUUUCCUCGCCUUGAUGUUCUCAUCGUGCCAGCAGGAUUCUCCAGUCUAGGCAUGGCCAGCCCCCAUAUAAUUUUCCUAUCACAGAGUGUGUUGUAUGCUGGGAGUGUCGGUUCUGGAGAGAACGGCCUGUCUCUUUGUGGGUCCAGGAUCUGCCAUGAAAUCGCCCACUCCUGGUUCGGCCUAGUUAUUGGAGCCAGAGACUGGACUGAGGAAUGGAUCAGCGAGGGCUUCGCCACGUACCUAGAGGACAUUAUCUGGGCCCAAGCACAACACCUCUCCUUACAAGAGACAGCAGAACAGUCUGACCUGAAGGCACUGCUGAGGUGGAGACGACUCUCUGAUGAGUUGCAGAACUCUGAGGAGGCACUUCAAAUUCUCAGACCUAACAUGGAGAACACUGGUCAGGUGAGUGAGUCUGGCUCCUCCAUGGUAAAACAUGCCCUCAACCCUGACAAGACCUUCAUGCAAGUCCAUUACCUCAAGGGUUACUUCCUCCUCAGGUUCUUGGCCAGUCAAGUGGGAGAGCAACAAUUCAUCGACUUCUUCAGAUUAUUUGUUAAGAAAUACCACGGGCAACUCAUUUUGUCGCAGGAUUUCCUGAAAAUGCUGCUGAUUACCUUUCCCAGCAUGGAGAGAAAAGGCCUCACCCUCAGUGCUAUUUAUGCUGACUGGCUUGAUCGACCGGGAAUUCCAAAGUUGCUGUAUGAAAGGAGCGUCGUGUGGUCACAGUCGAGGCUGGUGGAGGAAGUCAAAGCAGAGGUUGUAAAAUGGAUUCUCCUCAGUCAGAGUCAUCAGGGAAGGGGCAGAAAGCGGAAGAGAAUAGAGCUCAAGGUGAACUACAAAGAGGUGAUGUCGGAUCAGCUAGUGAUGCUUUUGGAGCUUCUGCUGGAGGAAGAGGCGCUGAGCGCGGCAACAGUGCGCGCUCUGCAGAGAACUUACAACCUACAGAAUCAAGACGCUGAGGUCCAACAUCGCUGGUGUGAGAUGGUGGUCAAACAUGCGUACACUCAGGCUUACAGAGACGUGGAACACUUUCUGGUUCAUGACCAAGCCAUGGGUGUGUAUCUGUAUGGGGAGCUGAUGGUUCAGGAGGACCCUGAGCAGCAGGCUCUGGCCCGUCGUUGCCUCUCAUUGGUCGCGGAACAAAUGGACCAAUCAGCACGCAGAGUGGUAGAGGAGAUGGUCCUUUGACAUUGGAGACUUAGAAUGGGGCCUUUUCCGUAGUUUCACAGCAGCGCCAUCAGGAUGUGUUUGUCAGAAAAGGAAUUUGGGAAUGUGUUCUUCAAACAAACGAGAGAGGGAGGAAAGAAAAAGAUAGAGAACAGGUCAGCGAGCGUUUUCCGAACGGCUCUGGGCGCUCUCUACUUAAUGUGGGGUGAUUUUUAUACUGUUGACCCUGAAAUUCCUCCUGCAUAUGUCCCCCAUUGAGUUUUAUGACAAUUUAGAACCGUGAGGGGUUUAUUGGUCUCACACUAAAUGAAGGGAAGAGAGAAAUGUAUUGUUUAGACGGACAG